AUGAUAGAACCCUGGAAACAACGAGCAGAAGCCAAGCGCCGCACCAUCCUUGAAUCAAUCCCCCAGAAAUGGCGACUUUCCCCGGACUCAAUCCCCACCGCAGACGAGCAGCCUGAUAUCACCGGCUCGUAUAUGCAUCAAUUCCUAGAGCAAAGAGAGAAUGAGAUUACGGAAUGUGAUGCAACAGUGAUCGCCCAGAAGACGACGUCCGGGGAGUGGUCUGCGGUGGAAGUCACUGAGGCGUUUUGUCACCGGGCUGCGUUGGCGCAUCAAUAUGUAAACUGUCUCCACGAGUUCUUCCCAGAAACAGCCCUAGAAGAUGCACGCCGUCUCGAUGCCCAUUUCAAAACCCAUCAAAAACCCACCGGCCCCCUCCACGGCCUCCCCAUCAGCCUAAAAGACCAAUUCAACAUCAAAAACAUUUCAACAACAAUGGGCUACAUCAGCCACAUCGACCAAAUUCCCACCACCGAAAGCGACCUAGUCCACCUCCUCCGCUCCCUCGGCGCAGUCCUCUACUGCAAAACCAGUGUCCCCACGGGCCUGAUGUCCGGCGAAACAGCCAACAACAUUAUCGGGUAUACCUGGAACCCCCGAAAUCGACAUCUAUCGUCUGGUGGUAGUUCCGGUGGCGAGGGCGCGUUGCUUGCGCUGAAGGGCUCGCCGUUGGGUUUUGGGACGGACAUCGGGGGCAGUAUUCGUGUUCCUGCUGCGUUUAAUGGGAUUUAUGGGUUGAGGACGUCUGUGGGUAGGAUUCCGUAUGAGGGGGCGAAGAAUUCGAUGGAUGGGCAGAAUACGGUUCCUUCUGUUGUUGGGCCUAUGGCGGGGAGUGUUGGGGCGUUGCGGUUGGCGAUGAAGAGUGUGUUGGGGAUGGAGCCAUGGGUGUAUGAUCCGGCUAGUUUGCCGAUUCCGUGGAGGGAGAGUGUUGAGGAGAAGGUUAGGGGGUUGCUUUGUGGGGGUGGGGAGGGGAAGAAGAUGGCGUUUGGCAUGUUUGAGGAUGAUGGGAUUAUGAGGCCGCAUCCGCCGGUUUUGAGGGCUGUUAGGUUGGCUAGGGAGGUUUUGGUUAAGCUUGGGCAUGAGGUUAUCGAUUGGAACCCCCCGUCCCACGCUGAAGGAUGUUCCCUCGCGUAUGACGCCUACACCCUCGACGCCGGCCACGACAUAAUCACCCAACUAACCGCCUCCGGUGAAACCCCAGUCCCGCAACUGGCCUGGACCCUCAACCCCCCCAGCAAAUCCCAGAAAACCGCCUCCGAGAUAUUCGCCCUAAACGUCUCCAAACGCCGCUGGCAAAAAGCCUACAUGGAUUACUGGAACAGCACCGCUAGCCAAACAACGACAGGAAGACCAGUUGAUGCGUUUAUCUGUCCGACGACGAUUAUGGCGGCCGCAUUGCCAGGGAAGCAUGUGCAUCCGGGGUCCACGAUGUUUGUGAAUAUGCUGGAUUAUUCGACUGUUACGUUACCAGUUACGGAUGUUGAUUGGGAAGUUGAUACAGUGGAGGCUGAGGGGUAUGAUGUCCGGGACUAUGAAGGUGCGCCUGUUGGGUUGCAGUUGAUUGGACGGCAGUAUGAGGAGGAGAAGAUUCUUGUUCUUGCUGAGUAUAUUAGCGCGGCUUUACGAGGCGAGGAUGCUAACAGCGGACAUUGGUAAACUGAAGAAGGGACAUGGUCCAUAAGGCCCAGGGGAUAGAGGAAACAUGCACAAAGUGCUGAGAAAAUCUUUAAACUGUGACCAAUGUGCUUCAGGACGACACAGUGUAGGGCUGGGAUUCCUCGAGAAACGAAGUUGCUCACUUGGGAUUGUGAAGAGGACAAGUCUCUGAUCAUUGACGUUCCUUCCUAAGGCACAAUCUCGUAUGUCCUAUACUUCCGCUAUAUAUGAAUUGUU